AUGGCCCAUCCUUUGGGUCAUUCUGGGGAUGGUGACACGUCUGUCAAUGCCCCCCCGUCGUACAAUGACACAAUAAGCAGUGUCGGCGUGUCACAUCCUCCGCCUCACACAAAUGCGGUCAUUGAAGCUGGCAAUAUCCGGGCCCGAGAUGAGCAAGCGAUGCAGAACAUGCUCCAAGAAGUCCAACUAAAAAGCGGCAUUUACAACAACGAUAUCGAACCAGAACAUGAUUCAGACUUCCCUUGUAAUUGUAUCAUACACCGAUACAGGAACAGGAAACUGAAUCGCCUGGGGGUCCAGGAAAUGUGGUCAAGGGCGGUCAUGUAUCCAGGAGAAAGGUUCUACCACGAUUGCUAUGAAAGGAUUCUUUUUACAAAUAACCCCUAUAUCAGGGUUGUGUCACCCUAUGGGCCUAAUGGGGCCACCUUCGGCGGAGUAACAGGACCUCAAGCGGAUUACUAUACCUUAUCAGUGCAGCAGACAAUCCAGAUAAAUGCAUCUCUUAAUACACAGGCACAGGCAUCUGUCGACGCAAAAGAGCCCCCAUCUGACAUAUGGAAAAUGAACGAUGAGCCCUCUGUCUCCUCUAGAAUAGGUGGCAGUGAAGAAGAUCGAAUCGCCAAGUCCCCACCAAAUAGCACCUCCGAGUCAAGCAAACAGUCUAGGUUUGGAGGGUUGAAAAAAGCUCUUAAAAUCAAGUCAUCUGAGGAGAAAUGGUAUGCUAAGGGCCGCGAGUUACGAAACGAAAUCAUCAAGGAGGAGGCUGGUAGAUGGCCAAAUCAGCAGUGGCGACAAAUCGUAGCCGCCUACCAAGACAAAGUCGGAAUGACCCAGAAGAUCGCGAGUCUCCGGGUCCAUCAACCUCUUCAGUACCUUCAUCUACUCCGGGCGGGUUAUUUUGAACCUAUCCCGAUCGCCUGGGCCAGUCUCGCUUCCAAUCCCCUCAAGUUUCUUAUCGAUGCGCCUUCUGGAUGGAGAGGAAUCACCCCGUCCUGGAGAGGAUUUGAAGACACAGCAGAGGAACGGCUUUACUGGGUCUUGAAUCACAGAGAAGGGAGCACCGGGGUGCGAAUGAAGCCGGACUUUAUCUCCGCCAUGGAAAUGGCCCAGGCAAGGAUGGCCUCUGCCAUUGAACCACCUCCGGCAUACUUCUCAGCCACCGAUACCUGCCAUGUUCAGCAUACCUCUGAGGGCUACUCCAGGCAGGUCAUGCCUGCCCCGUUCACGGUCCUCAAGGAAUCAAAAUAUCAUACAGAUGAUACUAUGAUUCUCUUGGACGUCUCCGGAUCCAUGAGUAUUGACCCUAUUCGACCAAAUUAUAAGCAAUAUCUGAUUACCGGUUAUUCCAAGGCCACUCAACCAAAGAAUAAAGAUGUCGCCAAGGCUAUUAUCCGCCGCUUUACUGAUGCACUCAUAAACCACGAUCAUAAUUCGGAUGGCUACCAACUUGUUACUUUCUCGUCCCAAUCGGAUUAUAUUGGUCUUAUCAACCACGACAAUUUCGAUGCAAUGUGGAAGAACAUUGCCUUUGGGGGGCAGACCCGAGUCAUGUCCGGAUGGCAGAAAGUCAAGGAUCUACAUUUCCAGCAGCAUUCUGAAUCUGCAACCUUUCAUUCCGUAUACGGGUGGCAGGCCGGCUCCCGAACCCCCAUAUUAAGGUUACUUCUUCUCCUCGAUGGCGAGGCCACGGACAUGGAUGAAUUUGAGCUAGAUCUUCUAGGUCUCUCUUGGAUUCAUGUGACGAUAUUUUUGAUUGGCGCCGAUGGGUGUCCGCAUCAUCAUCGUCAUGCUAACGAGCUACAGAGAAUCAGCGAGGUCAACCCCCAUGUUUCCUUUGUUGAUGCUCAAGGCAACACCCCGGAGCGGUUUGUUACCCACGAGCUACUCAAGCGGCAUCUUGGCUAUGAUCUUUCAAUAACCGAGUUCGAGGAGUUGGAGCACCCGCCAUCAUAUGAAGAUUGA